CGUUCUAUUAUUUCCAUAAAACGAGAUGGCUUACCUUUCGCUGGUUGAUGGUAUACCCUACCUACUAGGUGUAGUUAUUUAUUGUGCGUAGAUGUGUAUUUGGAAUGAAAAUGUAUUAAAAUGUCUCAUGAAGAAAAAAGAUAUUCAGUCGCUGCUGCUAGUGCAGUAGUAGGCAGAUACAUCAGCUUUAGACGGCCUAAAGGGGUCCGGACUUACCAACCCACAUAUAGACUAAACCCCAAAAAACGAUUCGAUGCAGAAAAAAUCGAAAAAGUCCUUAAGCGUGUGGUGGAUGAAGAGUUAUUUGAAAUAGAGUACAGCGAGAAAAUAGUUCCCGACCUCUGUUUGAACCUUUCAGAAACCAUACGUAAUGCCGUGAAAGAAGAAAACUAUGACAGGAUAUCAAAAUUGCAGAAGCACCAUCUUACAAUAAACCUUCCAGGAAAAUGUCUGCUAAAGAGUGAGCAUGAUGUAUAUUUUGCCAAUAAUAGCCGGGGUCUCGGCAUUCUCCUGUAUUUACUGUUUUUGCUUUCGAGGACGACGUACAGAACAAUUGUGAGUGUUACUAUUGGACAACGGCGACAACAGGGCGUUCACAUUUUCCAUACAUUUCUGUGGGACCAUGAAAGAGAUGCAUUUGCCUCGUACAACUAUGAAAAUCCACACUUGUUUGCCAAUGUCGUUGUCUAUGCAGUAUAUUUAGACUAAAUUUUAUUGAAUUAAAUGCAUUUUAUUUGAUCAUGA